AUGCAAGGCCUCUAUGAACGAAUUGCAGCAGAAAGUCACGAGUAUGAAACGGAUUUGCGACUUUCGUAUCUGGAGAUUUACAACGAGACGAUCCGUGACCUUCUGUCUGAGACACCCACGCCAGCCGGUCGCGGCUUGGCCCUGCGAGAGGAUGCAGCUAGGAAGAUCUCGGUCGUUGGCAUUACCGAGCAUAUUCCCGAGUCGCCCGAGCAGGUCCUCGACAUGAUUACUGAAGGGAACAAGCGGCGAACACAAAGUCCGACCGAGGCGAACGCUGUGAGUAGCCGGAGUCAUGCGGUACUGCAAGUGAAUGUGACUCGACGCCCCCGCACGGCCGACACCGUCGAGGAAAUGUGCAGUGCAUCGCUGAAUAUCAUUGAUCUCGCAGGCUCGGAGCGUGCGUCUGCGACGACGAAUCACGGCAUGCGGAUGAAGGAAGGCGCCAAUAUCAACCGAUCGCUCCUUGCGCUGGGCAGCUGCAUCAAUGCACUGUGUCAGUCGAACGUGAACCAGCGCGGAGGCACACGGAGCCGACACAUCCCGUACCGGAACAGCAAGCUGACCCGCUUGCUCAAGUUUUCCCUCGGUGGCAAUUGCAAGACUGUUAUGAUCGCAUGUGUGAGUCCGUCUAGUGCGCAUUACGACGAGACACACAACACACUCAAGUAUGCCAACCAGGCCAAGAACAUUCAGACCAAGGUGUCUCGCAACUUGCUGCACAUCGACCGGCAUGUAGCGCAGUAUGUGCAGGCGAUUGCCUCCCUCCGCUCGGAGAUUGCCGAGCUGAAAGAGAAGCUCGCUCGCGCACCACAUGCAACGACUUACGAUACGGAGCGGGCUGCGCAGUUGGAGCAAGCGCACGCGCAGCUGAUCGCCGCCGCAGCACGUGCCAAAGACGGUGUGCCCCCGGGGUAUGCAACGUCGUAUGCGGCGCACGCUACGCUGCGUGCUGCAAAAACGGUGUUAGCCUCGUGUUCGUCUGACGCGGAAGUGUCAGUUCUGCGCGGCCUCAUCGAGCGUUGCGGUCAAGCUGAUACGGCAGGUGCGCUGGACGUGCCUGCGGUGCCGCAUGAAGCACCUCCGCUCGUUGCGCAGCAUGACGAAAGCGAGGCACUGUAUGAUGCUAUGCACGCGCAUCAUGCGGCGGAGGUUCGUGCGUAUACGCAUGAACGAGCGCGUGAGGCGUUUGAGUGCGUGCUAACCGAUGUGCUAGCACCACGCAUGGUGUCUUUGCUGACGUAUGCAGCGCGAGCGACGUCGGCUUUGCAACAGGCUUGUGGUGCGGUGGCCGCUAUCGGCGAGAAAGGAGGUGAUGACAAUGCCGGUGCAUCCACGUAUACGAGUGCGGCUGUGCAGCAGGCAUGGCAACAAACACUAGCUGAGGGCUCAGCCCUGCUUCAGGACAUGACGGGCGUCCGUGUCUCGGACACGAAGCCGGCUGUGCCCGUGAUGCCUACGGUGCCUACGGUGCCUGCCAUGCCCGCUGCGCCAAAAAUAAACAUGCGUCGUCUAUCGAAAGUCAGCGCCAUAUCGUCGUCGCCAGCGCGCAUCUCGCGCAAGAGCCCACGACGACGUGUGCUUCGACCCAGCACACAGCGCCAUGGCACAGGCCCAGGUCCUGGACCUAGCAUAUCCUCAGCAGCUGGCCCAGUCGCAUCUCGUGCAGCAGGUCCGCGGCUGUCGAAGGUGCGGCCCCGUACUUCAUCAACAGAAGCAGCCUCCGCACCGACGGCUUCAACCGCGGCCUCCUCAGCAACCUCGUCGACAAUCACGCACAAAUCGCAUGCUCCUCGGCUCAGUGUGUCAUUGCGCGCAAGCACCACGGGUCCUCCAGCGCCGCGCAUCGCACCGGCAGCUUCGCGAACGCACGGACCGCGAUCCAGUGUGACUGCACGUGCUCCUAGCGUAGAGACCAGCAGCGUUGGAAAUGGAGCAGGUAUGUCGUCGAUAUCGGCGCCUCUAGAGCCACCUGCUGAGCCCGACAAUGCCGCAAUGCGUGCCCCGCCCCCGGGCCGCCUCGCGCGUAUGCCGGUUCAUGUCGUUCGGCGUGCACCUCGUGAGAGCCUGGCAGUGUCGAAAAGCACGCAGGAUCAGACGGCAGCGUCAGGACGUGAGCAGCAUGGGCGUGUGCCACGCGUGUCGACGGAAUCGGUGCGUCCGUCUGCUGCGCCCAAGACAGAGGCGGCCAAUGUGCAGGCCGGUGCUGAACAGCAAGAUGUUCCAGAGACAUGCGCGCUGCCAGCUGCGACUGCAUUGUCAGGAUCGCCGCCCUCGCCACGUCAUGUGACGCAAAAGCCGGCGAAAAAGCGCGGGCUUUUCCAGCGGCAGUUCCUUACACGCCCUGUGCCGCAAGACGACGAUGCUGAUCUGGAAGAAGCAUCGGAUGGUCUUCUUGAAUUCCCCGACGACGACUUUAUCAGGCAGCGUAGUGAUACCUCAUACCCAUCACUACCUGAUUUCGUGUCAUGA